AUGGAGCGCGUGUCCUGUGAGGAGCAGCUGAGCGAGCUAGGGGUGUUUAGCCUGGAGCAGGCUCACGGUGGCCUUACCGCUGUCUACAACUGCCUGAUAGGAGAUUGUAAACAGGCAGGUGUGAGCAGGUGCUGGAGGCCGCAGCCCUCGCGGCCGCAGCGGGAAGAAGGGCUGCCCUGGCGCGUCCCUGCCGGCUCUCGGAGCCGUGCUGCCAGCGCCUCGCUUGCCUGUCCUCGGGCUGGACCCAGAGUGCUGAGCUGCCCGCGGCUACUUCUUUUUCUCCUCCUUCCUCCCCCCCCCCCCGCAGGGACUGGCAGCCUCACAGCCGCGGUGGAAACUGCUUCGGGCCGCAAGGCGCUGGUGGUGGGGAAGCCCAACACGUACAUGUUCGAUUGCAUUGUGGAGCGUUUCGGCGUCGACCCGUCCCGCACCCUCAUGGUGGGAGACCGUCUGGAGACAGAUAUCCUCUUCGGCAAGAACUGCGGGCUUGCCACCAUUCUCACCCUGACAGGUGUUUCCCGCCUGGAAGAGGCGCAGGCCUACAUGGCCAGCGACAGCGCUGCUGCCAAGGAUCUGGUGCCCAAUUACUAUGUGGACAGUAUUGCAGACUUGAUACCAGGCCUGGAUGAGUAGCAGUCUGUAUGUGUGAGGGCAGAGGGAUCAGGUUCCCCAUCCCAGAUCUCCAUCUGUUCCUGUUUCUCUCUCACUGCCCUAUUCCCUCAAUUCCGGGUUUCUUCACAUUCCAGCAUCCUUCUUUGGGGGCAGAUGGGAGCAGAGUUGGCAGGAGACAGGCUUUGAGUUGUCUCCUUUCUGCUGAGAGCUAUCCAUGAUGGACAGAGUCCUUCUCUCCUUCAUUGCCAGCUACCAGCAUCACUGAGAGAGAGAUGGAGGUCUUGAGGCUGACAGGGGGCUCAAAUCAGUGUGUCUGUGUGGCCUCUCCCCCUGCAGGAGUUAGGGACUGGCUGUCUUAGUAUUAUUUUUCCCUUGGAUAACCAGUGGUGGCCUUUCACUGCUGUCCUUUGGCUCAUAACUCUUGACUUCUGAGCUGCAUCCGUGCAGUCCUUUUGGUAACCUUGCGGGGGGGGGGGGAUUAUCACCCACCUGGUCUCCAUCAGUGCUAGGGCAUGUGGAAGGAGUGUGCCAGAGCUUUGGAGUGAUGAACGAGAGCAUCUCUGCCUCCCACAAGUGAAAGAGAGAUUGCCUCAUCUCUUUUCUCCCCCCAUUCCUUAGAGAUGUUUCCCCCACUACUGCCCUGACAUGACUCGGUUAAUAACUGUGCCAGUGUCUAUCUGAAGGACAGAAGAGACUGGUUUGAGGGUUUUUUGUGCCAAACAGACAAGCUGUGACUGCGCACGGCGGGUCUGCGGUUGUACCUUGUUUUCAAGUACCCUUUCUGAAGGGGCUUGUGAAGGAGAGAGGGCUCCUAGAUCAUGACAGCACAGUACUAGUGAACUGUAUGACUCCCUGGUUCCCCCUCCUCAGUUGGAUUUCUUCAUAGUACAGUGAGAGAAAAGGGCUGAUGGGGGUCCGUGCUCCAGCUGCUGGUGUGCAGGUGAGAUGGUGAUGGUGUUGUCACUGCUGUGAAUGUGUCACAGUCCUCAAAAUCAUUCCUUGCUGCUUUGUCUUUCUACGUUUUUUAAUUUCUUGAUUUAAUUUAUUCAAACUUAUUUAUUGUUCAAAUAUUGUAUUAUUUGUAUAAAGUAUGCUGAUUGGUUGCACCAAGGGGACAGGAGGCAGUGCCUUUGGGCCUCCCAUACUGUCUGUGUCCCAUGUUGAUGUUCUUACACUCACCGUGUCUCUGUAUAUAAUAAAGUGUGAGCGUAGGCUGGAAAU